AUGGGGCGCAGACGAAAGAGGUCAAACAGCGAUAAUGAUGAGUCGCUUGAACAAAGUUACAAUCAAUCUCAGCCCAAUCGCCGCCUUUCCGUGACAGAGAACGACGAGAGUUCAAUAGGGGAAAGCGAUUCCGCGAAGAAAGCAAAGACGUCUUUGGAAAAGACUCUAGUCGAACCAUCCAACAGCAGAGCAAAAGAGUCAUCAGAAAGCGUGACCAAAACUGACAUAUCCGAAAAAGAGAAACAGAGAAUAGAAAGACUUCAGAAGAAAAAGAAGCACCGAAAAGAGCAAAAAAAAGCCAAGGCGCUCACAAAACAGGAAACGACAGUAACACAGUCAAAUACGGUCAAUUCAGCAAAGGAAAGGAAACCGAAAGAUUCCGUCGACAAGAAGGACAAUUCGAACACAGAAUUUAAGACCAUGGCUAAAGGAGUGCAAUACAGAGACGUGGUCAUUGGUAAGGGCCCUUCCGUGCAAGAGAGGAAGAAAAUUCGAGUGACGUACAUACUCAGAGCUAUACACCGCUAUGGCAAGAUUCUGGAUUCGUCCAAUGACUUCAAAUUUCGAAUAGGUCGAGGCGAAGUUGUGAAGGGUUGGGAUAUUGGCAUUAUGGGUAUGCGACAAGGCGGGAAGCGGUAUCUCAUCGUUCCUCCAAAUGCUGGGUACGGAGGACUGAAUAGAUAUCUCACGGAUCAUGCUGGUGCUACCCAAAGUUUUUGCAAUGAUGAUCUCGCGAGGACACUACUAAGCCCGAUUCAGAGCAGGGAAAUUUACCCUGACAUGGAUCCAACACCCAAUGCGACCGCUUAUGAGGAAAUGGGUGGAGAAUUGUCGGAAGGCAGCGGCAUUGCAGCACAACCAAGGAAACAAUCCCAUGCACAGAAAGUUGCGAAUUCACUUCACGGUGUUGUAGUUCCAAAGGCGGAACCUAUCAAAUGGUAUCACUUUCUGGCGCUGUCAUUAUAUAUUGCAAUUCCGGUUAUCGCAUACGUAAUGGUAUUUACGACCAUGGGAUUCGGAGGUGAUUUGUUUUUUUACGUUGCUGACAAAUAUGGAGAAUAUUCAAUGAUGGCCAUUGCUGCAACCGUUGGAGUCACAUUUGUAGCAUACAUGCUAGAUUUCACUGACUGGAGAUCGAAUACUGGGGUUGUUUUACAGAAGAUGGUAUGGGCAUUCAUCGUGGUGGGUGUCAUUGCCUUUACACUGCUCAUGGUGAACGAAUACCCAUACGGCCCCAUCGCUGUAUUUGCAUUCAUCACGCCCAUGUAUCUUGUGGCAAUCAAAGGAAUCUGUUAUAGUGAUCUGGAGACAAAAACUUUCAUCUCAUGGCUUUCUGGACCACUAUUCUUUGUGGCGCUGGUGAAUGGAAUCAUUUGGAUCAUUUGGACAUUCCGAGAGGACAAAAAUGAGUAUAACGAAUAUUUCCGAGUGAACAACGCAGAAGAAGCUGGCUGUCCAGCUCCAGACUUCAACGAAUACCCCAACUGUGACAGUCUUGCUAAUCCUGGAACACUCUGCGUCACGGUGUUCAACAAUGAAUUUGUGUUCGAGAAAUCCGCCGACGAUGGGACCUAUUGCCCUGUCUCUUGUACGGAAAUUUACGACGACUGCUUGAACAUUUUUAUUUUGUGGGUUGGCCCACCCAUGUUCUCCAUGGUCCUCAUCUUCUUAAGUUUCUUUGCCACCUUCUUACGAGCGGGAAAUGGAGAAAAGGAUAUGUUGAAUUUUGGAAAAGUAUGGAUGUUUUUACUGUUUGCCACUUGGCUUACUGCUUCAUUGGCUGGGAUUGCUGCUGGUGUUGCUUCUGCUCUCAUGGCAUUAACACUGGCAUCAUUCAUCGGUUCUGCCGUCUUUAUUGCGUCUUCUGUGUCUUACGACGAAGGAAAAACACAAGCCAAAGGUUUCUGGGAAAAAAUCAAGGAAAAGUAUGGUGAAAACAUGAUGAAUGUGCUCCGAGGCUUGGGAAUUAUCACUUUGACGCCGGCAUUCUUGAUUUUUCUAGUCCUGUCUAUGCUCAAUCAGUGUGUACGUCGUUGUGGUUUGCCAUGUUCCAAGAAAAUGAAGACAGACAAAGAAAGAAGCGACUUUAUUACAAAGCGAGCACGUCGUGCAAUCGAUACUUACUUGACAUGGGAUCGAAGCACUGUUUUCACUUAUGCUGUUUACUGGGGGGCUGCUUUCAUGAUUUUACAGGUCAUUGUUUCCCAAUUCACUGUGCUGUUUCUAUCCUGGCUUAUCGAAGCGACAGCUCCUUUAGGGCUUGGUCCCGUCACUGGAAUCAUGGUUGGCGUCGGACUUGUCAUGUUCUUGUUACCACCUGUUCCUGGGGUACCUAUCUACCUCACUUUGGGAAUUGUCGUUUUGGCAACAGGACGCGACACUCUCGGCGUCGUUGGAUGCGUCGGGUAUGGUUGUGGUGUGUCGAUAGUCUUGAAACUUCUAGCAUGUACAAUGCAGCAAAAGCUAAUUGGCGAACAGCUUUCAAAUUAUGUUGCUGUGCGACAACUUGUGGGCAUCAACUCGUCGGUCAUUCGUGCAAUGAAACUGAUUCUGCAAGAGCCUGGUUUCAGUGUCCCAAAAGUUGCGAUCUUGAUCGGAGGACCCGAUUGGCCCACUUCGGUUUUGUGUGGUCUCAUGCGUCUUCAGUUGUUGCCCAUUCUUAUUGGAACUAUUCCUGUGAUUUUUUUGAUUGUUCCCACUCUUCUCACGGGUACGUUCACGUACAUGUCAUCGUUAACACUAGAUGACGGAACUCCAGAGUUCGCAUACGCAGGAGUUCUUGCAACGGUAUUUGCCGCAAUAACAGCGAUUGUUCAGUUUGGAUCGAUGGUCGUAGCAGCAUAUUAUCUCGAGCAAACAGCCAGUGCACGAGAGGAAGAACUCGCACAAAUACCCAUCGAUCAAGAGGUCAAAGAAAGAGAACAAAAAGACGAUGAAUUGAGAAGGUGUUACAAGGAAGUGACGAAAUGGGAGAUCGUUCCCUUCAUCCCGAAGAUGAUUCUUCGUCUUGCCGUUGUAACCAUGAUAGGCUCUUGCUACAUGGUGCAACUAUUUGCGAGCAGUAGUUUUGCGGAGUAUGAACUGACGUAUACAAUAGACAACAAUCUGGAUGGAGAUUGGACUAAUCUACUCCUUCCAUUGGGGCGAAUUGCAUCUCUCCUCUUCGUGAUUUCAUCUGUCCUAGUAUACGGUUACGUAAAGUGGGCAGGACAUGAAGCUAGAAAAAUGAUGGCGUACCAAGACGCUGAGGCACCAAGUCAGACGAACACACAAAGUGGAGGCAACAGACUUCCAGAAGCGCAAGAAUGA